UCGAAGCAUUCCAGGCCUUCCCAGCCUACAUGGGGCCAGCCUCCCUGUGCCACCCGCUAGCGGGCCUCAUGUGGACGCUGGCACUAGGUGGGGUCUUCCUGGCAACCGCCCAGGCCUGUGUCCUCUGUCACCUCUCAGACCGUGACCUGUCGGGCCGCCUGGCUCGACUCUGCAACCAGGUGAAGGCUCGGUGGGAGACCUGUGAGGCCUCCUGGACCUUCCCGGCCUUUGCCUUAGAUGAGGUGUCCACAAACAAGGUCAUAGAGAAGACUCACAGAGUCCUGAGGGUCAUGGAGAUCAAAGGGUCUCCCUCCUCACUCCCUUUAUAUUGGCAAUGGCUGCAAAAGGUCAAGUUUCCCGAGUACACCAGGGAAGCUUUCUGUGCUCCCGCCUGCCGGGGCAGCACCGUCCUGUACAACUGUUCCACCUGCCAGAGCUUUGCCGUGCACUGCUGGCCUCUAAAGCGCUGCCUCCCAGGAAGUCACGAUCUUCGGGAAGCCAGGAUUCUGCUCCUCUCUGUGUUCAUAACUGUCCUGCUCCUGGGCGUUCUGAGCCUCGUGGUGGAGUCCAGACACUUCAAAGCAAAAAGUGACAUGUGAAGACAGCCUCCCAGCCCCCACGUCCUUUGGAAGGGACCCGCCAGCCCCUCACUUCCAAUCCCAAAGGCUCAGCCUUCCAGACCCUAAACCCAGCCGCCUCCGUGAUCCCAGUGUCAGAUGGCCUCCACGGGCCCAGGCACCCACAGCUGGAAAGUUCCUCCCCUCUGGCCCUCAGCUAAUCAGCCAGAAGCAGUCACUGAUUCCAGGAAAAUGGCUACAGGAGGAAAGAACCCCCUCCACACACACACACACACACACACACACACCGCCGCCCCCACACCCCCUUCUGCCUGUUCUCGGAAAGCGGGGGCUGUUUGCCCCAGAAGCUGCUCUUGGCCCUCCUCUGACUGAUUGGGAAUCCGGGAACGAGGGUUCUGGAAAACUCCCUCCCUUUAGAGUGGCGACCACAUCAGUCAGCCUGCUGGCAUGCUAUCCCUCCAUUUAACAUUGUGAAGCCUUGGCCUCCCACAGAGGCCUCCCUCCUGCCAAGAUCAAGUAAACCUGC